AUCGCUGAGACUGGAACAUCAACUCAAACAAUCAAACCCUAUUGAAUUAUCAUCUGUUUUGUUUUUGCAUCAUGGCUGCCAUGUCUGUAACCAAAAACGCAAUCCUCAACCUCUCCAAGUCUUUCUCCCACAAGUACCCCUCCAUUCCUCUCCGCACCAAACUCUCUAGAGUUUGCUUCACUUCUGCUUCCAGAUAUUCUGAGGGAGGAAGGGCGAAUGAUGAUAGGAGAAGAGAGUACAGUCCGUACAAUGCGGACGAGUCUGUCCAAGAACCCGCAGGUACUGAUGUCCAAGAUACCAUGGAUAAAGCGAAAGAAAAGACUCGAGAAAUGAAGGAGAAAGCCGAGAGGAACGCUGAGGAUAUGAAGAACAAAGCGUCUGAUGCCGCAGCCAAGGCGGCGGACUCCGCUCAUGAUACCAAAGAGAAGGUGAAAGAAAAAGCCCACGAGAUGAAUGAAAAGAGCAAGGAGAAGUUGGGUCCCAUGGCUGACAAGGCCUACGAAAUGAGGGAAAAGACUAUGGACGCCGCUGGGAAUAUGGCUGGCAAAACAAAAGAAUACGCAGAUGAGGCGAAGGAGAAGACGAAGGAGUAUGCACAUGGGGCAAAAGAGACGACAAAGGAUGCCGCCGGGAAAGUGGCGGACACGGCACAGAGCCUAGGGGAGAAGGCGAAGGAGAAGACGAAGGAGUAUGCACAUGGGGCAAAAGAGACGACAAAGGAUGCCGCCGGGAACGUGGCGGACACGGCGCAGAGCCUAGGGGAGAAGGCGAAGCAGACAGUGCAGGGUGCGUGGGGUGCGGCGAAGGAGACGACGCAGAAGAUUAAGGAGACCGUGGUGGGGAAAUCCGACGAUGUGGACUUGGAUGAUUACAUAGAGGAUCACGUAAAGAAGCCGGCGAGAGAAGAUCGGGAGAAGGCUAUGGAUGAAGAUGUGGUGGAAUUAAGGCGGCAGGGAGGGGAGAAGCAGGACCAGAACAAACUCUAGAAUGGGCUGGUCUCUUUGUUGCCUUCUUCCUUACCAUUUCUGCUUUUUGCAAGUUUAAAGACAAAAAAAUAAUAUCACUCUGACAAUGUAUGCCUUCUCAAUGUCAUUAAUGUUAAUUUUUUAUUUGUUGGAUAA